AUGGCUACGCCCGGAGAAGUGGCAACGCCGUCGUUGCAAUAUAUCCCGAUGACAACGAGUGCCCGAGACUCACUUAUCGCCAUUUGUGUCUUGUGGUCUGUCACUGCCGCCGUGGUUGUCGCUCGAUUAUGGGGACGGUUCCGUGGUAUCGGUAUCGGCGGAGACGACAUACUCGCCGCCAUUGCUUGUCUAUUAUCAGGUAGCACGAUUGGCCUGAAUGUGGCCGUGUUUACAACCGGAGUUGGUUACGAUUUCGAUCCAAACUCUGAGGUGUACCCCAAACUGGUCAAUAACUUGCAGCACAUUCUGAAAGUCACUUUUUCUUUUACGUUGGUCUAUCUCUGGGCUCUUGCCUGCCUCAAGCUCAGCCAGCUCUGGUUCUACCACAGGGCCUUUGCUUUGCAACUCAGCAAGUGGAUCUAUGUCGUCGCAGGCAUCGUCGUUGUUUGGGCUUUGGUCUUUACAUUCCUGUUCACAUUCUUGUGCGAUCCGAUUUCGCAACAGUGGACGGUCAUGCGGAUCGGUCAUUGCAUGGACCAAAUCCUGGUUUUGAAAUGCAUCAUCAUGACGAACGUCGUAACCGAUCUCUUCAUCGUCAUUCUUCCAAUUUGGACUGUUUGGCAACUGCAAAUGCGGAAGACCGAGAAGUUUGCUGUAAUUGCUUGCUUUGCUCUAGGCUUGGCGUGCUGCGUCAUUGGUAUCGCACGAUUCGUCCUGAUUUUCGUCAUCGAUUUGGUUGGAAACCUCACUGGAACUUCUCUCACCACAUUUAUGCUUUGCACCGUGGAGCUCACGCUCGCGGGCCUCUGCAUUAACAUUCCCAUGCUUCGACCGUUCUACUUGCGCUGGAGAGCAAAGUACAAGUCAUCUAUGGAGAACUCCAACGAACAGAGUGGUUACAAGAUUAGUUCGAGCAACCAGCUCAAGGUUCAACCAAAGCCUGGUCAAUACACUGCUUGGAUCGAGCUGAACGAUAGGGACGGCCACGAGACCGGCAGCAACGACGAUGGCGGUUCCGAGAGGAAAUUGACACGAGAACCCCCGAGCGAUACGAUACGAGUCCAAACAAACUGGAAGAUCACAAGGGAAUAA